CGCAGCGCGCGCACUUAUCCUCACACAGCAGUUAAGUCACCCUGUGGCGUUGAAGUCAGAUCAGAUUGUGGGUGUUCGUGUGCAAAGACCAUGUUGUACGUCAAGUUAGUUGCCGCUCUCGUCAGGACAAACUCGGGCAAUGUCAGGACAUUUUCACGAAUUUCAUCCGGACGAUGUCGGUCGACGGUGGCAUCCACCAAGAGCAAGGAGGAGAAGGAGCAGCAGCAGCAGCCGCAGACGAGCGGAUGCCCGGUGGUGGAGGCUCAGCCAGUGGAACUCAUCAGCCAGAACAAAACUGUCACAAAGACGCUGAUGAGUAAAAUCCACAUAGACUUCGACAACACCAAAGAAGCCUAUGCGAGCAAGAACAACGCUGAGCUGCUCCGGAGUCUGAUGGUCUUCAAGUUGUGCACCAUUGACCUGCUGGUGGAAAAGAACAAAGAGUUGAUGGAGUUAAGUAGGAAGUUGCUUGGCCAGUGGAUGUUUGAGAAGCUGAUGAAGAUGACCUUCUACGGCCAGUUUGUAGCAGGAGAGGAUCAUGAAUCCAUCAAACCUUUAAUCCGUAAAAACCAGGCCUUUGGAGUGGGUGCGGUUUUGGACUAUAGUGUUGAAGAGGACUUAACACAAGAGGAGGCGGAGAAGAAGGAAAUGGAUUCUUGUGUUUCUGAAGCAGAGAAAGAAAGUCCAGAUGCUCACCAGCGCGAGAGCAAAUACAAAGCUCACCGUCAGUUUGGGGACAGACGUGGGGGGGUCAUCAGCGCCCGCACCUACUUCUACGCAGAUGAGGCCAAAUGUGACACCCAAAUGGAGACGUUCAUAAAAUGCAUCAAAGCCUCCGGCGGAGCCUCUGUUGAUGGAUUUUCGGCUAUUAAGUUGACAGCGCUUGGACGUCCACAGUUCCUUCUCCAGUUUUCAGAGGUUCUAGUUGCAUGGAGACACUUCUUCAACUUUCUCGCAGCUCAACAGGGAAAAUCUGAACUGAUGCUUUUGGAACAGAAACUGGAACUGGGACAACUCAAGGAAAGUUUGACUAAGCUUGGUGUUGGAGCCAAGGAUGACAUUGAGAAUUGGUUGACUGGAGAAAAGCUUGGUUUGUCAGGAGCAAUAGAUUUGCUGGACUGGAAUAGUUUGAUAAACGACACAACAAAAAUCUCCAGCCUGCUUAUGGUGCCGAACCUUAAGAGUGGUCAGCUGGAACCUUUGCUGAAGGCAUUUACAGACGAGGAGGAGAGACAGAUGAAGAGAAUGCUGCAGAGGGUGGACGUUCUCGCCAAGCAUGCUGUGGCGAAUGGUGUCAGGCUGAUGGUGGACGCCGAGCAGACGUACUUCCAGCCGGCAAUUAGUCGUCUGACCCUGGAAAUGCAGAGGAUAUUCAACAGAGAGAAGCCAAUCAUUUUCAACACUUAUCAGUGUUAUCUAAAGGAAGCGUACGACAAUGUCACCGUGGAUAUUGAACUGUCGCGGCGGGAGGGCUGGUACUUUGGUGCCAAACUGGUCCGCGGAGCCUACAUGUACCAAGAGAGAGCCAGAGCGCAGGAGAUUGGCUACGAAGACCCGAUUAAUCCGGACUACGAGGCCACUAACAGGAUGUAUCACAAGUGUUUGGAGUUCGUACUGGAGGAGAUCGAACACAGCAGGAAAGCAAAUGUCAUGGUUGCGACUCACAAUGAGGACACGGUGAAAUUCACCCUCGAGAAGAUGAACGAGAUGGGCCUUUCACCCACUGAGAAUAAAGUUUACUUUGGACAGCUGCUGGGCAUGUGUGACCAGAUCAGCUUCCCAUUAGGUCGGGCCGGUUUCCCAGUCUACAAGUACGUUCCAUACGGUCCAGUCAAUGAGGUCAUUCCUUAUCUGUCGCGCCGCGCUCAAGAGAACCGUGGCUUCAUGAAGGGCUCCCAGAGAGAGCGCACCCUGCUGUGGAAGGAGCUGAAACACAGGUUGCUGCACGGUCAGAUCUUUUACAAGCCCGUCUACUGAGUCACAGGACUACAGCUGUGUCUGUGACUGCGGUAUUUCUCUAAGCAUUCCACCGUCGUAACUGUACCUGUGCUGUCACCAGGUAACUGCUCUCAGUGGCGUCAAGUCCGCCCCUUUGCUUGUUAUGGUACGCGGUAUUCAAGGAAUACUGCUCUUUUCUCUCUCUCUCUCUCUCUCGCUUUUGGUAGAUUUGUAUGAUUCAUAUUUGUCGUGUACCAGUUUAUUCAAGUGUUCACUGGCUUUUAUAGUCCUCUGAGUUAAUUCAGUAAAUGCUAAGUAGAUUUUAAUGGAUCUAUGCAAAUGUAUGGGAUUCUUCAGGUUAGAAGAAUUGUGUCAAGUAUAUUGUGUGUAAAUAUACAUAUAUAUAUAUAUAUAUAUAUAUACGUAGAACCAAAUGUGACUUACUUAUAUUUAAAAUGGCUCUGAUGUCAUGUGCUUUUUAAACAAAAUGAACUUGACACUUUAUGUAUGUUCACUUUAUUUCUUCUGAUGUAGCGGUCACAUAAAGUGCCUGAUGAUUGUUUUUAAUGUUUAAAGUACAACUGUGUUUUUGUUGGGGUUGUCAUUACUGUACACUGUAAAGUAUUUUAGCAUGUUUAUUGCUAAUAUGCUUGUCAUCAACUGAAUCAGCUUUGAUUAUUGUGCAGGACAGCGAGGCUUAUAUGUACUGUAUAGCAUCAUCACAUAGUAGUAGUGAUUAUCUAUCGCUCAUUGUGAUAAAAAGCCCAGACGCAAAGUUAUGUCAUGAUAAUCGGGAAUGGAGGGAAAAUAUUAAUAUUUCACAUGAGUGGAAUAGGGAACUACAUCUUUUAUCGUGACUUAUUAUAAUCUUUAUUAAAUAGACUUAUUUUUCACUGGAAAAUAUGUUUUACAUCAACUGUUUUAAGUUUUAAGAAUCUAAAACAAAAAUUAUAUUAAAACAUAGUAUUUUGGUCGGGAUUAUUGUGACGGGAAUACAUAGCGGUAAUUAUGUAAUCCUCGUUUUGGCUUCCCAUACACUCGCAUAUUUAUCAUACCGACUGUGUGGCCCUGAUCAGAAUCUACAGCAAAACUGUUCCAUAACUUCAUAUUUUACAUUUUCUCUCAAGUCAAAGAAAUCUGUUCAUUAAACACUGGGGAGAAGAUCUUUGAAGCACAAAUCAAGAAAACUAUUCAGUGUUGUUCCAAAAACGUGCCGUGAUUGCUGCGGCUGUGAUUAUUAUAAAUAUUAAUGAAUAAUUAUUUCUCAGUGCACAUCAGGGAACAUCUGCACUGUUGCAUAAGCUGCACGUGGAGGCAAAGUGCUGGUGGCUCCACUUAACUGAUGUCGAGGAGAUGUUUGGACUGAUUGUAUCUGAGUUUCAGGUUUCAGUGCCGCUCGCAGACUUUCAGUCAUAUCUGUGUGUGUUGUGUUGCCAAGUGUCGUGACCAAAAUGAACAGCUGUUGGAGUUCAGAUAAAAAUAAUGCUGUGUUACAAUAACAAUAAUGCAUUACAAGCAGUUCAUUAGAAUUGUAUAUGCAACCAAAAAAAAGGGGGGAACCAUAAAGAAACGUCAAAUCGUGAAUAAUAUGUUUAAAUGAACGACUGCCAAAUCCAGGUCACAAUCCUAACUCGACACCACAAGAUCAAUAAUCACGUUUAAUUUGCAGACACCACUCAUUAACCAGCGAUAACUGGUUUGAGAACCUGUUUUCACCGUGGAAAGUUUCAGUGAAUCUUCUUCACUCAUCUACAGGGAGGCUCUGUCACUUUAAAGUACAAUAGCAAAAUAUGACUUUAUUCUAAAACCAAUCACAUUGUAUUGUUGAUCAAUUACCCCUGACUGCACUGUUUUUGUGUCGUUGAUUGUCCUCUUUUUUUGUGUGUUUCUUUGGUUCCAGUAACACUGAUGUGUCUUUAAUUCAUGAACUGUAUUUAUUGCCGUGAAGGUUUGACACUUGGAAUCUGAUUAUUACCUCACGAGUGCCUUAUUAAAAUAUGCAACAUUU